UUCCGCACACAAAGCUGAAUGACUUCCGGAAUGUGACAUCACAGGAAGAAGCCAACUCGGCUAGUUGUCAAAUUAGCAAAGCUGACUAGCCAGCUAAUGUAUUGGUGGGAGACCAGUGUCAGUGGUUUUCUGAAUAGAGAGCAAAUUUGGAUUUUAUCAUGGUGUUUCCACUGUAGAAAACACUUCAAACGACACCCAAGGAAUUUCCCCCCGCACCUUCCUCUUGUUCCAGCGCAUAAACAAGGUGUGAAUGACCGACGUGGUGCCCCCCACUGCGCUCAGCGAAGUCCAGCUCCGCCUCCUCUGCCACGAUGACAUAGACAGUGUCAAGCUGCUGUGCGGUGAUUGGUUCCCCAUCGAGUACCCAGACUCAUGGUAUAAUGACAUCACAUCCAAUAAGAAGUUCUUCUCCCUAGCCGCCAUCUUCAAGGGAGGCAUCGUGGGAAUGAUCGUAGCUGAGAUCAAGGGCCGGACCAAAGUACACAGAGAGGAUGGAGACAUCCUAGCCUCUAGAUUUCCUGUGGACACCCAGGUGGCUUACAUUCUGAGUCUGGGGGUGGUGAAGGAGUUCAGGAAACAUGGAAUAGGCUCCUUGCUGCUGGACAGUCUUAAGGAGCACAUCUCCACCACGGCCCAGGACCACUGCAAGGCCAUCUACCUCCAUGUGCUGACAACCAACACCACGGCUAUACACUUCUACCACAACAGAGACUUCACGCAGCAUCACUAUCUACCUUACUACUACUCCAUACGAGGGGUGCUGAAAGAUGGGUUCACAUACGUACUGUACAUCAACGGAGGGCAUCCGCCCUGGACGCUCUUUGACUACAUCCAACACAUUGGCUCGGCCCUGGCCAGCCUCAGUCCCUGCUCAAUCCCCCAGAGACUCUACAGACAGGCCCAGUCUCUGCUCCGCAGCCUGAUACCCUGGUCCGGCAUCGCAUCCAAGACUGGUAUCCAGUACAGCAGGACCAUGUGACAGUAGAGGGUCUUCACCUGUGUUCUUCAGGACCCUCUGACCUCACCUGACCCACCACCACCUGGAACCCUGGAAUGACUGAGGGCUGAGACCCCCCCAAACACCAACCAAGACACCCAGCCACUAAGCCCAGAACCUACAAACCAAGCCUCCCAGACCCUACAAACCAAGCCUCCCAGCCCACCAAACCAAGCCUCCCAGCCCACCAAACCAAGCCUCCCAGCCCACCAAACCAAGCCUCCCAGCCCACCAAACCAAGCCUCCCAGCCCACCAAACCAAGCCUCCCAGCCCACCAAACCAAGCCUCCCAGCCCACCAAACCAAACCAAGCCUCCCAGCCCACCAAACCAAGCCUCCUAGCCCACCAAACCAAGCCGCCCAGACCCUACAAACCACGCCUCCCAGCCCACCAAACCAAACCAAGCCUCCCAGCCCACCAAACCAAGCCUCCCAGCCCACCAAACCAAGCCUCCCAGCCCACCAAGCCUCCCAGCCCACCAAACCAAGCCUCCCAGCCCACCAAGCCUCCCAGCAAGCUACACACCAAGCGUCUCAUCUCUCCCUAGCUGUCCUAUCCUGUCCUACAGCUCAUACAGAGACGAUGUAUUAUAGCUGUACAUUACAUAUAUCCUCUAAUAUAUAUAUAUUAGUUUAAUAUAUAAUUAAUAUAUAUAUAACAGGGCAGCUACUGACAGGGUAUAUGUAUAUAUAUAUAUAUAUAUAUAUAUAUAUAUAUAUACCCUGUCAGUAGCUGCCGUGUGGACCGGGUUUAGAUUCAGUAGGUUGAAGUCAACUCUGGUUUCAACUGGACCGGGGUGAGAUUCAGUAGGGUUGAAGUCAACUCUGGUUUCAACUGGACCGGGGUGAGAUUCAGUAGGGUUGAAGUCAACUCUGGUUUCAACUGGACCGGGGUGAGAUUCAGUAGGGUUGAAGUCAACUCUAGUUUCAGUUCAGACAAUUUGAAAUGCUAUUUGUCAAUAAUCAGAAUCCACAUAGAAAAAUAAUUUUGUUAUUUCAAUACAAUCAUUGAAAUCCUGAAUCCUGAGUUGAGAUCAGCACUCACAUUUUCACACAAAUCUUCCAUUGACAUCAACAUAUGAUCUACACGGAAGUCUACUUUAAGUGUGCACAGAGAUCUCAAGGACUAGGAUUCCUCCCCGAUUGACUUUCAGUUCACUUUGGGUCCGAUUCAGACUUGAGAUAAGUAGACUUACAGUAAAUCCAUUUUUUGGUUUUACUGAAGUCCACGUUUAGUCAACUUAUCUCAAGUCUGAAUUGUGCCCUUCCUGACCUAAUUUUGAUCUGAAAUGUGUUUUGACCUGAAACCCUGCUGUCUGUCUGUCCCCUUCAGGGCUGUCUGUCAUUCUGCUGGUCAUGUAGACAACCAGACAGUCUGGUUUUAAUCCAGAUGUUUAACAUAGCUGACAUUAGAUUUGUAUGUCUGCCUGUUUGUAUUAAGAGAUUAAAAAAUAUAACAUGGUAGAAGUUGCUCCCUCUGUGAGAUUCUCCCAAUACCCCAAAUAUAUGUAUGUGUGUGUGUAGUGUGUGUCGAGUCAAAUGUAGUGCACUAUAUAGGGAAUAGGGUGCUAUUUGGGACUGAACCGAGGUGUAGUUAAGUUAGACAGUUUCUAGAUAAUGCUUUAAAGAGGAGCAGUGUGUGUAUAGGGUUGCUAAGUUAAAGACAGUUUCUGGAUAAUGUUUUAAAGAGCAGUGUGUGUAUAGGGUUACAGAAUUUCUCUAACUUUCCCAACACUCCCAAAGUUUUCCAGAAAUCCUGGUUGGACGAUUUCUGGAAUAACGACCGGAUAAGCAGGAAAUACGGGAAUCGUCCAACUAGGAUUUGUUAAAUACCAUGGAACUUUGAGAAAGUUAACGGAGUUCUGCAACGCUACUAGGUGUCUAAAUAACAUCUUUAAACAGGAGGGUGUAUUGAGGUAAUACUGAAUGUAGUGUUGAUAGCACCAGUUAACUGACCAGUCUGAUUUUAGAAGAAACAACUCACUCUGGACACAGAUCCAGUUAACUGACCAGUCUGAUUUUAGAAGAAACAACUCAGUCUGGACACAGGUCCAGUUAACUGACCAGUCUGAUUUUAGAAGAAACAACUCACUCUGGACACAGAUCCAGUUAACUGACCAGUCUGAUUUUAGAAGAAACAACUCAGUCUGGACACAGGUCCAGUUAACUGACCAGUCUGAUUUUAGAAGAAACAACUCAGUCUGGACACAGGUCCAGUUAACUGACCAGUCUGAUUUUAGAAGAAACAACUCACUCUGGACACAGAUCCAGUUAACUGACCAGUCUGAUUUUAGAAGAAACAACUCACUCUGGACACAGGUCCAGUUAACUGACCAGUCUGAUUUUAGAAGAAACAACUCACUCUGGACACAGAUCCAGUUAACUGACCAGUCUGAUUUUAGAAGAAACAACUCACUCUGGACACAGAUCCAGUUAACUGAUUGACCAGUCUGAUUUUAGAAGAAACAACUCACUCUGGACACAGGUCCAGUUAACUGACCAGUCUGAUUUUAGAAGAAACAACUCAGUCUGAACACGGAUCCUAAAUUGAGAUGUAUUCUCAUCAAUAGCAGCAUUAGAGCCACAUUUUUAUAGUGCAAAAGCAAUGUGCAAAAUGUACGGUAAAGAGACGUAUAUUAAGGCAUCGCUCAGUUUACUGAACUCUAGUGAAGCAAUCGCCUCUUUUAUAAUGCGUAUUGUUGAAGGAAAGUUUCAAAUUAAAUCUUACUGCGAGAUUAUAAUGAGGUUUACUGUAAUUUUUCAAUUUUGCAGAAUGUUUUUUGCGCUAUGAAAAUAGGAACCCUUAAUCAGGGUCUGGGAACCUUCCCCUGUUGAUGAAAUGGAACAGAGUGGGUCUCGUAGAAACUGUCUGAACCCCAAAUGGCGCCCAGUUCCUGAAUUUGUCCACUACUUUUGACCACAAACCAAUGUAGAGCUCUGGUCAACAGUAAUGCACUAUAUAGGGAAUAGGUUGCCAUUUUGGAUCGAGACACUAUUGUUCAACUGAAAAUAUAAUUUGAUCAGGUGUUUUUUAUUGUGCUUGACAGCCUUCAUCCAAAACGUGGAUGUGCACGCAGGUCACGUUUGUGUCUUAAGAGGCAGUGAGUGUGUCCCAAAUGGCACCCUAUUCCCUACGUAGUGCACUGCUAUAGACCGUAACCACAGAGGGUUAGCCAUUCAGGGCUCUGGUUAAAAGUAGUGCACUACAUUGGGAAUGGGGUUCCAUUUGGGGUGUAGUUCAUCUGGUUGUAGGUAGUGUAAAUACAAAAUAUAUAAUGUCCUUUUUUUCCACAGCAGAAGAAUGGAUGGUUUUUAAACUAAUGUCUGUGAUUGCAUCUUGAGCUGGUUUUCUAUUUAAUAUAUUUAUAUAUAUAUGUUUAUUUCUUUCUGUUGAUUUGUUGUCUUCUAUGUGGACAGGGACAGGAAAGAUCCCUUUUAUUUGGUUUGUUAAGUAAGUCUUUUCACUACAUUGUCUUGUCUUGAGUUUUUCAAUAAGUUUGGUUUUUCAAUAAGGGACAGCCUUGUAUCGUUCUAGCUGAUUUGACUAGAACUUCAAAUAGAUUAUUUUCUCCGUUGUGAAUGAGAAAGCACUUUUUCAAGUUCACCUGCGGCCUUGGUUCCAAUACACCUUUAUCCAGACCAAAUAUAACCGUUCAGAUGGGGACUACUAGACAUGAUGACGCAGAAUACACAUUACAUGUAUCCAGUAGCACGUUCAUGUUUAUAUUCUGUGUUACAGAAAUGAAUCACUUUUCUAUCAUGUAGAGGUUACCAGGGUUGGGGUCAAAUCACUUUUUAAAUUCCAGUCAGUUGAGGAUGUACACUGACAUUCCAGUUCCAAUUGUCUUCAAUGCAUUUCAAUAAAGAACAUUUGAAGUUU